GCCUAGGAGACAGUAACGCCGCCAUUGAAACCGCGCAGCAUGGCAUUUCGGGAUACGUUUGCCCAUCAUGGCGGAUCGGGUAGUUGGCUAACGUGCGCGGUUAGCACAUUCAACAAUCAUUUGGUGUCACACAUUGAAUGACUACACCUACAGGGCAUUUACUACGUGAGGACUGCAUCCACAGGCUAUAAACUGGUGUUGAGAGGAAGCAGCGGAUCUGUGAUAUUAAAGGGGACAUUUAACCAAACCAGUGGCUCCAGCACAAUGGAAUGUGCAGUGCACAUCCCCUCAGGUGAAGAUGAGGCACCUGAGAAAGAGGAUAUGAAUGCAAAGGAAGGGAUUGAGCCACCCCCCAAGAAAAACAAGAAGCACAGAAAGCACAAGAGUAAGAAGAAGAAAAAGAAGAGGAAAGGGGAAAAGGAGAGCAGCUCAGAAUCUGGUGCGGAGUCUGAUGCCGAUCAACAACCUGCUUCAAAUCCUGUCAGGACCACAAGAGCCAGUGCCAGACUAGCAGCAGCUGCAGGAUCCUUAGACCAACCUGGGCUGAAGGAGGAUGGGAAAAAGGAUGUCAUUUCAGAUCGUACCGAUACAGAGGGAGAUGCAAAAUCCAAAAAACACAGAAGACAUGCUGCCAAGAAGAAGAAAAAGAAGAAGAAGAAGGAUGAGAAGCAGGAAAAGAAAUCCCCAUCUCGCUCCCCAUCUGAAAGCAGCUCAGCUUCAGGCUCAGAAUCAGAUGGUGAAGGAGGUAAAGCGACCGGUGAUGGAAAAUAUUCUUUAGCUGCAUCAUCUGACCUGCAAGAACCGGUGUCGAAACUUGUUUCGAAAAGCAAACGAGGAGAAAAAUCUGAAUUGCUUGGAGUGAAGAAAAAGGAGAUAUCAGAUAUGGAUGCGUCUCCACCUGGAGAGAAGGGAAGCAAUACCAAUCAAUCAGAAAAUGAUAUGAGAUCGCCCCCUGCAAGCCAGGAUACGGUAACAGGGAUGGCAACGAUCAAGAUAGAGGGUAGUCAUGAGGGUACAUUCAGCCAUGCCCAGGAACUUCCUGACAUCAUCCCUAAACAGGAAGGUCCUACCACAAGAGAUGAGCCAGGCCCGAAAGAUCAGUCCAAUUCGGUUCAGAAGUCUCCGCUGACGGAGCGCGAUUCUUCCACAUGCAAGUCUCCUUCACCCUCCAGGGGCCGUGAAGUGAAGAGGUCUGGUUCUAGUGUCAGUCGUUCGCCCACGCCUAGUCCCACUAGGGAACGGUCUGGGCAAGCGGCGGCAGCAGCGACGAAAGAACGGUCAAGAACCCGCUCCAGGUCGACCUCUAAAGAAAAACGGUCCCCAACUCCUCUAAAAAGCCGGCAGCUAUCCCCCUCUCGGUCCCCUAAAUCCAAGAGGAAGUCACUCUCCCAUUCCCCGAAGCCUUUCAAGAGAGAUCUCUGCCAGUCCCGCUCCACCUCUCGCUCCCUCACCCCCAAGAAGAAAGGGUCAAGGUCUCCAAGGAAGUCCAGGUCUCCUAAACGCCGCAGGAGCUCACUGUCCGUGUCGCCGAAGCGACGCCGAAGCUCCCGCUCUCCGAAAAGAAAGCUGUCGCGUUCCCCCAAACGGGGCGGGCGCCGGUCUCCCUCUCUUUCUCGGUCCCCGCGGAGGAGUCGCCGGCGCUCCAGGCCCCGCUCUCCCAGGCGAAGUGGGGCAGUCGGCCGGCGCUCCAGGUCACGCUCCGUCGCCAGGAAGCGCCGCUCCACUUCUAGAUCAAGACGUCCCGCCCGUCGCUCCAGGUCACCGGCCAGACGCACGGGGGGGAGGCGCUCGAGGAGCCGAUCUGCGUCUCGGCGCAGGAGGUCCCCGCCGCCCAGGUCCCGCCGCUCGCGCUCCCGGUCGAUCCGUAGGAGCCGACGUACUCGGUCCCGCUCGGUUGUUGUCCUUAAGCGCAACCGGCACUCCAGAUCCAAGAGUCCCCGCAAGAGGACCAAAUCUAGAACCCCGCCCUCCCGACGGCGCUCCCGUUCCCCCGCCCGGAGGAAUCGCUCACCGCCGAGGUCCGGCAGGCGCUCAAAGUCUCGCUCGCUGUCGCGAAGGAAUCGGUCAAAGUCCAACUCGCCGCUCCCCGUGAAGAAGAAGUCUGAAUCUCCUCCGAGUCAAAGAAGAUCAAAGUCUAAAUCCGUUUCGGUGGGCUUGAACAGAUCGAGGUCCAGGUCGGCGUCAAGUGAUGCGCGGUCAGACAACUCCUCCCCGGCCCGAUCGCCGUCCGUCUCACCUGUUAAAGAGAUCAAACCUUCCUCCCCCAAGCCAGAGCCAGAGACUGCUGUGGAAAGUGCACUACCUACAGUAGUUGUGGCUACAGCAGGUGCUUGGAAACCCAUGCCCGCAGCGGUUAUUGCCAUCCCCCAAGCUGAGGAACCCUCGGCUACAUUGCCAGAACCGCCUCAGGUGCCUUCGCCCACCGGCGACGAGGAACAGAAGGAGUGUGUCAGCUCGGCCAAUGAGGUUGCUCCCAGGUCCCCGUCUGCGUCCAGAGAACCCGUCGCUGCGCCGGAUCCCUCGGAUCCCUCUGAAGGAUCGGAUGAAGAAGAGGCUUCUUCCUCUCCAGUUAAGCAGCGUUCCAAGUCCCGCUCGCCCGCGGAUCAAAGGAAACUGUCCCGCUCAACUUCUCCGGCGCCACGGCCACGAUCCACUUCUCCGGCGCCACGAUCCACUUCUCCGGCGCCACGAUCCACUUCUCCGGCGCCACGAUCCACUUCUCCGGCGCCACGAUCCACUUCUCCGGCGCCACGAUCCACUUCUCCGGCGCCACGAUCCACUUCUCCGGCGCCACGAUCCACUUCUCCGGCGCCACGAUCCACUUCUCCGGCGCCACGAUCCACUUCUCCGGCGCCACGAUCCACUUCUCCGGCGCCACGAUCCACUUCUCCGGCGCCACGAUCAACUUCUCCGGCGCCACGAUCAACACCCAAGUCUUUAUCCCGAAGGAAGCCGUCGAGGUCAAAGUCUCCUGUGAGGAAAAGAGACUCGGUCUCACCUGCUGAAAGGAAGAAACGGCGAUCUAAAUCCCGAAGUCCCGCCCGCCGUAGAAGGACGCGCUCGCCUGCGAGGCGCAAGAGGUCUCACUCCAAGUCGAGGACCAGAAUCCGCCGAUCCAAGUCCCGCUCUCCGGCCCGAAAGAGACGAUCCCGCUCCCCCAAUCCCCGCGGGAGGAGGCGGUCCAAGUCCACGGACCGGAGCAAGCGAUCAAAGAGCCGCUCCACUGGCCGCAGAAAACGAUCAGUGGACCGAAGCAGGCGGUCGAGGUCUCGUUCUACCGAUCGCAGACGCAGGUCUCGGUCAAGGGGUCGGGGGAGGCGCCCGGUGUUUCGCAGUCGUUCGUUCGAUAGGCGAGACAGGUGGAAGAGGGAGCCCAGCCACUCGCCGGUUCUGAUCCUCCGCAAACAGCGCCGUUCAGGGUCCCGGCCGCGACGCAGUACCAGCAAGACGCCGCCGCGCCUCACCGAGCUGGAUAAAGACCAGUUGCUGGAGAUAGCCAAAGCUAAUGCUGCUGCAAUGUGUGCUAAGGCGGGGGUGCCUAUUCCUGAGAGUCUUCGACCGAAAGCCAUCCUCCAGCUCCCUCUACCCACCCCAUCUCCCACUCCACUCUCCUUACCGCUACCUCUCCCAAUGGGCAUGGGGAUGUCCAAUAUGGGUCAGAUGGGGAUGUCCAAUAUGGGUCAGAUGGGGAUGUCCAAUAUUCCAGGAAUGUCUGGCAUGUCAAACAUCACAAUGAGUGCCGCUAUGGCGAGCAUGACGGCCGCCACUAUGACGGCUGCCUUGACCAACAUGGGGGCCCUGGCAUCCAUGCCCCCCCUGGCCCCGCUUCCUACCAUCACUAACAAGCCCCCGCCGAGUCUCGCUCCCCCGACGCCAACCCUCAACCUGGACCACAUCGAGGAGGCCAAGAGGAAGGUCACUCAGCAAGCUAACAUACACACCAUAAAAGAGCUUACUGAGAAGUGUAAGAUGAUCGCAAAUAGCAAGGAGGAGAUGGCCAUCGCUAAACCACACGUCUCCGAUGAUGAAAGCUAAUAUUGCUAUGUCCUCAAGCCGACAUCCUCGAACGGACUGAUGGGUGAGCGUACCAAUCGGAGGACCUACCUUCACACCCUUUUGGCAGCCAGAUGAGCUGACUGAGCCCGAUAAAACUCCAUGAAGAAGAGCAUCCAAGUUUUCACAAUCAGGCGUUGAGGCACCAGCCGCUGCCCCACCCAGCUCCCCAGUUUGUUUCUGUGUGAGAGAGAGAGACUGGCAGACUGUGAUACCACGCAGUGAAGUGGACACACUAACGUGUGCACAGUUGUAUGAUUGUUGGCGCGUGUGUGUGUGUAUAUAUAGUGACUUUCACCACCUCAAUGUUGCUGCACAUUUUAAGCGGUUACUGACUUAAAGAGGAAACAAACCAAACUAACUAGUGGCGCAAGUGUUUUUGUAAAAGCUUAGUUUCUCAAAUUUUGUUUUGCUUUUAUGCUUUCUAAAAGAACUAUUAAUCGCAGACUUCUUUGUUCUUCUGUAUUAUCCUUGGUUAUCUCUAGUCCUCAUUUUUUUAAAAUAAAUAAUGCAGAGAAAGGUUUGUUAGAUACUCACAUGUGAUUUUGUUUUCAAAAGCCUGGGUGCGCAGGGAAAGAGUGACCACGCGUGAAUCCUGGAGCAGGUUGCCAGAUCUGAUUCAAAUUGAACGGUAUUUUGGCUACGACAAAACGUAGCUAAUUCAGUUAGCACUUCCCUGAGUGUGAUUUUCGUUCACUCUAUUUUAAUUGACCCUGACCUAAUGUUGACUCUACCCUGGACUUUCAUUCGGGCUUUGAUGGAAUUUUUUUUACCAACUUGUAAACCGUUUUUCUGUAGAUGGGCAUUUCAUCUGUUACUCUUUUUGUGUUGUGUGUUUGCAGACAACUAUAACACAUAAAAAGGUUUAGGAUGCACGAUAUCAAUGCCAUUGGUAUCAGUUUUGGAAUUGCCAUAAUAGUAUUUUAAAAUUUAAGAAAUUUGGGACAGAAGACAUUUGAAUGGGAGGCUUCUAUAAGAUUUCAUGCAGAUUUGGAAAACAAUCCUGGUUAUUUUGGAGAUCCCAGAUGGUCGGACCUUGCCAACAGAACCUACCACAAUACCCGUAAUUCCAGAUUCAGAUCCCAACAGUUUUCAUUGAACCUUCCGCCACCAAGCUUUAGCUGAAUCGGUUGAACAAUUUUAACUGAUAAAACUGAUAAUCGAUGGGUGAAAAUGUACCUUCCAUCUCACUGUAAAAUAUAAAUGUUAAUUAGUAUUCAUUUAAAAGAUAAUUUCAAAUUUUCUGUGACAUGAUUAAUACAUGAGUUUUUUUCAAAAUACGCUUUGAAUUUGCUUUUGCCUUUUUAUUGUUUACACUAUUAAAACACUUUCUAUUGACUUUUAGAGACGUAAACACACACACACACACACACAGACAGGAGAAUAAUACAUAUUGUGCUGGGGUAAGAAAUGACUACUGGUUAGAGUUGAAAUGAACCGUGUUAUUGGACAAUCAGGUUCUUGGUCUCAAAAUGCUUUUUUUUUUUUUUAAAUGAACUAAAACCACAUCACAUGUCUAAUUGGAAAGAAUUAAGAAGCUUGUAAACACAAAAAAAGCCCAUUUAAUAUUUGUUUCACUCGUAACCGUUUCUCUGGCCUCUUGCAGGUCUUCAGUCUGAGCUGCAUCUGGGUAAACGGGGUCUAGGAUUCAUUCAAUGCUUUUGUCACAUUGGAUAACUGAAGAACAAACGUGUACUUGGAGCUUUUGGGUCGACUGGCAGGACUGAGUUUAAGGAAUUUUAUCACUCUCAAUUUGUUUUUUUUCAUUGGAGAUUGGAGGGGGACACAAUUCUGGAUCUGUGUCGACAUCCCGCACCCAGGGCUGUUUAACUGUGGAAGAGAAUCUUAAGAUUUCGUUAAACUGUAACUAUACUGACUGUACCAAAAGCGUAGUUGAACUGUUGAAUUGAUUCCUUGAGGUUAUCUUUACCUAUUUUAAUGACAGGAAAAAAGGAAAAAAAAAAAGAAAUGCAUUUUGGAUCAUUUGAAUAUGACAUUGCCUGCUUUGUACAUAAAUGUGUUGAUGAUUAUUAAAAACCUCAAUUAUCUGUAUUUA